AUGGAUGUGCUUUGGACACUUUUGAACAGUGAUGCUAAGGUGUUGAUGAUCUCGGGGGAUUCAAAUUCUCUGCAAAGCCUUAUAGUAUCCCUCUACAUUUAUGAAGAAGAGAACCACCCUAUUUUGGGGAAGGUCUGGAUCCUGACCACCCAAUGGGAGUUUUCAGCGAUUGGCUAUCACUACGACUGGGUAAAAUUAAAAACCCUCCAUGGAGCUUUGUCUUUCACGGUCCACACAAACCUGGUGCCAGGAUUAAAGAAUUAUCUCUGGGCUCUGAAUCCACAUGAACCUAAUGGAGAUGUCUUUCUUCCCGAAUGGUGGGAAAUUGUAUUUGACUGUGAGCUUUUGAAGGCAGGUCUGGCCUCACCUGAUGGCCGAAGGGUUUGCACAGGGCAGGAGAACCUGGACACCCUCCCGGCCUCCGUCUUUGAUGGGAAGAUGACCAGUUUUAGCUACAGUAUCUACAAUGCUGCCUAUUCUCUGUCACAUGCAUUACAUGCUGCACCUGUUCACAAGAACUACCAACACAUCCUGGCCUUGGCAUUUGCCAUCCAGGAGAUCAACAAAGACCCCCGGCUUCUCCCCAACAUCACCCUGGGCUUCCGCAUUUACAAAGAGAACGAGUAUGCAAGCAUGACUCAAGAUCUAGGUUACCGCUUCUGUGACCCUGUUUUGAGGGAUAAGAGCCGGUUCCCCACCUUCUACCAGAUUGAUCCCCAGUAUCACCUCCAGAAUGCAGCCAUUGUCCAGCUCCUUCUCUAUUUCCAAUGGAACUGGAUUGGGGUUAUUGUUCAGAAAUCAGAGAGCAGAUUUGAUAUCCUCAACUGGAUCAUCUUUGCAAAUAAGACGAUCCUUCGACAGAAAGUUGGAUGGGUUGAUCUGGAGGCUCCUUCAGCUGAAGAUUUCGGCAUUGAUCCUGAUGUCAUUGUAUGGGCGAACCAGAAAAAGCCUUUCUCCCGUUGUGUGAAGCACUGCCUUCCAGGACAAGCCAGGAAAGUUGCAGAGGGGAAGCCUUCUUGUUGCUACGGAUGCAUUUUUUGCACAGAAGGGACCAUUUCUAAUCAAACAGAUGCGGCUCAGUGCAUCCCCUGCCCAGAAGACCAACACCCAAGCAAGAACCACAUUCUGUGCAUUCCCAAGACUGUGAACUUUCUCUCCUAUGAGGAUACACUCGGCUUCAUUUUAGUUUGUCUAGCUCUUGUCUUCUCUUUGUUCACAAUCCUUGUGUUGGCAGCCUUCAUUAAACACUGCAACACCCCAAUUGUCAAGGCCAACAACCGCAAUCUCACCUACAUCCUCCUGGUCUCCCUCCUGCUCUGCUUCCUCUGCUCCUUCCUCUUCAUUGGGCAGCCAAGGAACCUAACCUGUCUCCUCCGACAAACCGCUUUUGGCAUUAUCUUCUCCAUUGCUAUUUCAUCUGUGUUGGCAAAAACUCUGACUGUGGUUGUGGCCUUCAUGGCUACAAAGCCAGGAAACAGGGCAAGAAAACUCCUCGGGAAGCAACUGAUUGUAGUCUUGGCUUGUCCCCUUGUGCAAACAGCUGUUUGUGCCACCUGGUUGGCAAUCUCUCCCCCAUUUAGUAAUUUGGACUUUCAUUCUGUGAUAGGAGAAAUUGUGAUGGAAUGCAAUGAAGGUUCAACCACUAUGUUUUAUGCUGUUCUGGGCUACAUGGGUUUCCUGAGUCUCAUCAGCUUUAUGGUGGCUUUUCUGGCCAGAAAGCUGCCCGACAGCUUUAAUGAAGCCAAGUUCAUUACUUUUAGUAUGCUGGUCUUUUGCAGUGUUUGGGUCUCCUUUCUUCCCACCUAUCUGAGCACCAAAGGGAAGUCCAUGGUGGCUGUGGAGAUCUUCUCCAUCUUGGCCUCUACGGCUGGUCUGCUGAGUUGUAUCUUUCUCCCCAAAUGCUAUGUUAUAGUUCUGAGGCCUGAUCUGAACAAUAGAAGUCACCUCAUGGGGAAAGUUAAGUAG